AUUUACCAACUAGUAACUCACAGUUCAGUCCUACAACUACUAAUUUCUCUGAUAAUCUGCGAGAUAAUCAACGUAUAAGAGCUAGUCAAAAUGCAUUGAUAAAUAGAGAUGAUACACAAACAGAGUGUACUCUGAAUUUGUUCUCUUCUGAAAAUGUUUCUAACAUUGAGGGGACUGGAAUAAGACAUGCUGAUAGUCGGAUUGCAGCUCGAGAACCUAUAGAGAGGAAUGUUCGGUUUAGUAGAACACUAAGUGUUGGUAGACUUCGUGACAGAGUUCUUCGUCGAUCAUCAGUUCCCGAUAUGGAUUUAUAUACUUUUCAGCAAGACAGAGGAGUAAGACAUGCUAGUCAAGUUACUGAGAGACGGGAUUCAGGUCAUGAAUCAGGAUUGACAGUGUCUGAAGAAAAUGUCUUUGCGGCAUCAAACUCAUCUAGUCAUGCACUGUCCAGUAUGUCUAGCUCUUCAUAUGGAAGUCAAAAUGAUGAAUUUGAAGCUUCACGAGCAAGAGAGACUAGAUAUCAUGAUGUACUGGAGCAUAGAUCAAAUUUCCUCGAGCGCAGAAGAAGAAUAAGAUCUCAGGAAAACAAGCCCAUCACAGGCUGGAGAGAUUUGUUCUGGUUUGGCUUCUCAUCUUAUUUAACUGGAGACUG